AUGUCCAUCGAAGUCGACUGGGCAACGGCCACGUCUGGUCCGGACGGGGAAGCUUUAGCGGAGCGUAUCCGAUCAUUUGUCCACGACAAGUUCCAGCAGAUCGCAUUGCCACGCUUUAUCCGUUCUGUCCAGGUUCAUUCCUUUGACUUCGGCACAAUUGGUCCAGAACUGGAGAUCAAAGACUUCUGCGAGCCUUUCGCGGACUUCUACGAGGAAGACGAUGACGACACGUCCGGGACCUCUGAGGAGCUCGGCACGGAUCAAUGGGAUUCGGAUCUAAAGGAGUCUCCUUAUGAAGACGAUAUACCCGUAAACUACGCCCGUCACAACCUUGCGCAUCACCCAUUCCCGGGCGAAGAAUUUCAACCGUCUGCGCUUCGAUCUCCGCUUCCCAUCGGUGACCACCUAAACCCUCACUUCCUGCCCCGCUCUAGCUCCCCCGGCAUUCCUGGAGGCACAUCGACGCUCGGUUACCACCUAAGGUCAUUGGGGGGUCUCUCUGGCACUCAAACUCCUCUAGCAGAUGUUGCCGGUGGGAGACCAUUCGCAAGCCCUUGGUCCGAUGCGGGCAUGGGACCGGGGAGACCGCGUGGUCCACCACGCCCAACGCCACAGCAACAUCGUGCAGAAGCAGACAUAGAAGCCAACACAUCGACCUCUCGACCUUCAACAGCAAAUACAAUACCCUCGCAUCCCUCAAUCGGCCAGGCUGGGAGCAGCGGAUCAAACCAUAACAGCAUUGAUCCCGCUGAUGUACCCCAGCCAUCCACUGAGCCCUCUACCGAUCCCUCGGCCCCAAACCCAUCCCGUAUGCGUGAACGCCGCCCAGAAGACUUCCAAGUUCUGUGCCAUAUGAAAUAUGCCGGAGACGUCCGAAUGUCUUUGACAGCUGAAAUCCUGCUCGACUACCCAAUGCCCAGCUUCGUCGGUCUUCCUCUCAAACUCAACGUCACUGGUAUCACCUUCGACGGCGUAGCGGUCGUGGCUUACAUACGCAAGCGAGUGCACUUCUGCUUCUUAUCCGCAGAAGAUGCAGAUGCUUUGCUUGGCUCCGAGGCGAGUCAGGGAAGCCGGAACCCAAGUGAUGAUGGACGGCCGCGAUCUGGCGCAGACCAGAAGCGACAAGGCGGCCUGCUCCAAGAGAUCCGGGUGGAAAGUGAGAUUGGCCGCAAAGAAGACGGAAAGCAGGUCUUGAAGAACGUUGGCAAAGUGGAGCGCUUUGUUCUCGCCCAGGUGCGCCGUAUAUUCGAGGAGGAACUGGUCUACCCCAGCUUCUGGACCUUCCUUGUCUAA